AUGAUUUCUCUCUAUGGGAUAGCAUCUAGUGUUUUAUAACCCUAUCAUUUGAGCGGAGUUAUUAUAGGACUUUUAAUGUAAAAUCAUAAAAGACUAUUUAAAGAUUAGUAGAUUAAUUAGACUAUUAAAUAAAAUAAACUAAAUGACUUAGCUACUGAAAAUUAACAAAAAUUAAACUCUGAAAGCGAUUACUCUGAUAAAGAUAAUAUGAAUAGCCCAAAUACUGUAUAUACCAGCAAAAUAAACUAAUCUCCUAUUUUUUUAUAAUUUGAAGAUUUAAAUUUAGUAAGUAAUUAAAAAGAGAGUUAAAAAGAUAAAGAGGAUAACUCUAAUAAAUUAAUAAAAUUAAACAAAAAUACUUAGCUACUAAAAAUUAACAAAAAUUAAACUCUGAAUGCGAUUACUUUGAUAAAGAUAAUGAAAAUAACCCAAAUACUGUAAAUAGUAGAGAGAUAAACUAAUCUCCUCUUUUAUUAAUGUAAUAUAUAUAAUAGAUUCGAAGAAUUAAAUAUAGCAAUCGAUUAGAAAGAGAGUUAAAAUGAUAAAGAGGAUAACUCUAAUGAAUAAAUAAAAUUAAAUUCUGUUAAAUAGGUGGAUAAAAAUAAUAAUUUAAUUUAUUUUACUAAAUAUGAAAUAGAUAAUACUUUAAAUAUCUGA